CAGAAUAGAUUUUGACAUAAUUUUCUAACCAUGUUUGUCAUGAUAAUUCUGGACGGCUUUUUGUGAUCUAAUUUCGAAUCAAAUUGUGCAACAUUAAAAAAUAUAUUAACAUUUGUAAAUAAAUAGAUACUCAGACAUCAUGUGGAAGGGCUUGAGGCUAACGCAAUCACAGCUAUCUAAGCUACAUUUUAAUGGGCACAAAUUGCAACCAGUCGGUGUCCCAGCAUUGGAUUCUGUAUUGAAUCAGUGGUAUGAAUUUUGUAAAAAGCCGCCAAAAGGCUUUGAGAAGUAUUUUCAGCCGGGAGGGGCACCGAAACAGUCAAAAACUCCAGAAAAAGAUGGAGCCCCACCGCCGUCAAAAUCAGCUCCUCCGCCACCCAAAACCCCUUCUUCUGGAGAUAAAUGGAACAUGAACAUGUUCUCAGGUUCCUCUGGAGGCAGUGGCGGUAGCGGCCGUGGAGGCUAUGAAGGUCAGGACAGGGAAAAAUGGAUGAUGUUUGGAGCCAUGGGUAUUGUCACUCUCCUCGCAUCAAUAGCUUAUUUUGAAUUAAGGUAUAGAGAAAUAAGCUGGAGAGACUUCGUAAAUAUGUAUCUAAAUAAAGGUGUAGUAGAAAAACUGGAGGUUAUCAACAAAAAAUGGGUACGAGUGAGACUUCAAGGGUCAGCCUUGGAGGGCAAGAUUAUUUGGUUUGCUAUAGGCAGUGUCGACUCCUUUGAACGUAAUUUAGAAAACGCACAAAUCGAAAUGAGUGUAGACCCUCCAAAUUUCGUACCAGUCAUUUACAAGACAGAAGUGGAAGCCGCCAGUUUGACUGGUAUGCUUCCUACAUUGUUAAUAAUUGGUUUCUUAAUUUAUAUGAUGAGGAGAUCUGCGGAUAUGAUGGGACGUGGAGGACGUAAGGGUGGUGGACUGUUUGGAGGAGUCAUGGAGUCCACUGCAAAGUUAAUAAACCCAACAGACAUUGGUGUUAAGUUUCAAGAUGUAGCCGGUUGUGAAGAAGCUAAAAUUGAGAUUAUGGAGUUUGUAAAUUUCUUGAAGAACCCACAACAGUACAUCGACUUGGGAGCAAAGAUUCCCAAGGGAGCGUUACUUACCGGACCUCCUGGAACCGGUAAAACCUUACUUGCCAAAGCGACAGCUGGAGAAGCGAAUGUCCCAUUCAUUACUGUCUCAGGCUCAGAGUUCUUGGAGAUGUUUGUAGGUGUCGGUCCCUCGAGAGUGCGUGACAUGUUCUCCAUGGCGCGCAAACACGCACCCUGCAUCCUAUUCAUUGACGAAAUAGAUGCAGUCGGUAGGAAGAGGGGUGGACGCAGCUUUGGAGGUCAUUCUGAACAAGAAAACACAUUGAAUCAACUCCUUGUUGAAAUGGAUGGGUUUAAUACCACAACUAAUGUUGUAGUGUUGGCUGCUACAAACAGAGUGGAUAUUCUAGAUAAGGCUCUGUUGAGACCCGGUAGAUUUGAUAGACAGAUAUUCGUCCCUGCACCCGAUAUUAAGGGCAGAGCGUCAAUUUUCAAGGUCCAUUUAGGACCACUAAAGACUACAUUGAACAAGGAGAACUUGGCACGUAAAAUGGCUGCGUUAACUCCAGGAUUCACCGGUGCAGACAUUGCGAAUGUGUGCAACGAAGCAGCUUUGAUCGCCGCUCGAGAACUCGCCAACGACAUCAACAUGAAGAACUUUGAACAAGCCAUCGAGAGAGUUGUUGCUGGAAUGGAGAAGAAAUCGAACGUUCUCCAACCAGACGAAAGGAAGAUCGUCGCCUACCACGAGGCAGGACACGCAGUAGCAGGCUGGUUCUUAGAACACGCCGACCCGUUACUCAAAGUUUCCAUCAUACCACGAGGCAAAGGCCUUGGAUACGCGCAGUACUUACCAAAAGAACAAUAUUUGUAUAGCAAAGAGCAACUGUUUGACAGGAUGUGCAUGACUCUUGGCGGAAGAGUGAGCGAGGAAAUAUUCUUCGGUAGAAUUACGACCGGCGCGCAAGACGACUUGAAGAAGAUAACCCAGAGUGCCUACGCCCAAAUAGUUCACUACGGUAUGAACGCGAAAGUCGGCAAUGUGUCUUUCGAAAUGCCACAGCCUGGCGAGAUGGUCAUCGACAAACCAUACUCGGAGAAGACAGCUGAGUUAAUAGAUUCAGAAGUGAGAGAUUUAAUAGGCAACGCUCACAAGCGAACAACUGAUUUAUUGACUCAACACAAAGAGAACAUAAUCAAAGUUGCCGAGAGAUUACUGAAACAAGAGAUAUUGAGCAGAGAUGACAUGAUUGAGUUGUUGGGACCUCGACCGUUCCCUGAGAAGAGCACGUAUGAGGAAUUCGUUGAGGGCACAGGCUCGUUAGACGAAGAUACAACCCUACCAGAAGGUCUUAAGGACUGGAAUAAAGAGAAGCAACCUGCCUCGCCGUCGGAUCCCGCGCCCGCCGCUACAAGCCCCAGUAAAAAUUAAGCCUCCAUGUAGAUUAGUCUGUUUUAUGUGAAAUAUAUUUUAAUUACCUUUAAGUAAAGGGUUUUUGUUAACAUUCGUUGAUUGUAGACUCGUAGUUGGAGAGUGAAAUGAAAAGCUGGAAAUAUCAGCAGAAUAUAAUCAGUUCUUUUGCAGUAACAAAUAUUUGCAUUACUGUCUAACAGGCGCCGCGGCUGAUUGCUUUUUGUAAAAUAAAGAAAAUUCCAGUAUUUCAACAAAAUGUAAA